UCUACUUUAUUAACUCAUAUUUAUGGCACCCUUUACCGAGAAUACUCAACGCCUUGAAAGAGAAGCGGCACAGACCCCCACCAGCAUUACUACCCAACCGUCCAUUGGUUCUACUGUACCAUUCUUCACACUUUUGCAGCCAACGAUGAUUAGUUCUCUCUGCUUAAUUCCCACACUCUGAUACCAUGCCCUCACGUGAUUUCCCUUCCUCGCCGCCGCCGCCGCCGCCGCUGCGGCCUCAGGUCGUGCACGGUCAGACCCACCGCCUUGUACCUCUGCUCGCUGUAGGAAUAGCCGCCGCCACUUCGGUGCUCUUAAUUUUCACUUUCUGCUGCCGUAAAUUUUCAGGCAAACGGCCAAUCCCUUCCCCCGCAGAUACAGUACAGUCCAAACCUCCCCACAGGUUCUCCUACGCCGCCCUCCGCCGCGCUACUUCCAACUUCGACCCAUCUCUCCGCCUUGGGCAAGGCGGAUUUGGGUCCGUUUACAGAGGCGCUCUUAAAGUCUCAGGCUUUCAACCCGAUGUCCCCGUCGCCGUCAAGGUCAUGGAUGCGGGAUCCCUGCAAGGAGAGCGUGAGUUCCAGAACGAGCUGUUCUUUGCCGGAAAACUCGACUCCGACCACAUCGUACCCAUCAUCGGCUUCUCCUCCGAUCAGAAGUGUUGCCGGAUGGUCCUGGUGUACGAUCUCAUGGCCAAUGGAAGCUUGCAAGACUGCCUAUUGCACCGUAAGUGUAGCGAAUUAAAGAUUUGGAAAAAUAGGUUUACAGUCGCGCUUGAUAUAGCUAAAGGGCUUGAGUAUUUGCAUCAUUCUUGUGACCCCUCUGUGAUCCACGGUGACAUUAAACCAAGUAAUAUAUUGUUAGAUUCUAAUUUCAAGGCCAAAAUUGGGGAUUUUGGUCUGGCUAGGUUAAAACCCCAGCAGGAUCAUGUUGAAAUUGAGGUGAAAAAGGAGGGUUCUUUGGGGAAUGUGGAGGAUGAUAUUGAAGAAACGGAGAGUGUCACCACCACUACCAAUGGGUUUGAGGAAUUUCAUGGAGGACUGGAUUUAUCUCCUGAGACACAAGUAGUUUCCCCAAGGACAGUGGCAGCAAUGGCAUCACCGCCCGAUGGAUCUUUAGGUAAUUUUGACGGGUUCAGUGUGGAAAGCGGGAAAGAAACGAGUGACAAAAAGAAGAGUAGGUUAAAGAAGAGUGUUUCAAGAAACGACUGGUGGUGGAAGCAAGAUACUGCGGGGGUGGAUUCGGGCAGGCCGGUGAAGGAUUAUGUAAAGGAAUGGAUUGGAAAUGAGAUCAAAAAGGAAAAACCGACUAGCAGUGAGUUGAUAGGUGGGGCUUCAUCAAGCACCAAAACAGAAAAGAAAAAGAAAAACCGAAAGCGGUCAGAUUGGUGGGUAUCCAUGGAAGAUGAAAAAACAACCAAAGUGGGGAAGAGGAGACCAGCCAGAGAGUGGUGGAAGGAAGAGUAUUGCGAAGAGCUCCAAAGAAAAAAGAAGAAGAAAAAGAAACAAGGGAAAAGCUGUAAUGAUGCUACUGGUGGUGAGAUACCUAGUAGGAAGAGCAGCAGCAUGGAUUGGUGGUUGGAUGGAAUUAGUGGUGAUCUAUGGAGAGCCCGAAGGAACAGUUAUGAUUCUGUUGCUUCUGGUGAGAUACCUAAGAGUGGCAUAAGUAGCACGCCGAGCAUGAGAGGAACGGUGUGCUAUGCUGCACCAGAAUACGGGGUCUGUGGGGAUCACCUUUCUGAAAAGUGUGAUGUUUACAGCUAUGGAGUUUUACUGUUAGUACUCAUUUCUGGGAGGCGACCACUUCAGGUCACCGGUUCCCCAAUGUCGGAAUUCCAGCGUGCAAAUCUUCUGUCGUGGGCCCGUCAUCUCGCCCGGGCAGGAAAGCUACUUGAUUUAGUUGACCAGUCUGUGGAGUCGUUGGUUAAAGAAGAAGCUUUGUUGUGUAUCAAGCUGGCUUUGGUUUGCCUGCAGAAGUCUCCUGCAAGACGUCCAUCAAUGAACGAAGUGGUGCGCGUGCUUUCCGGCGAGUUGGGACCACUGGAGCUACCGGUUGAACUUUCUUCAUCACAUGCCUCCCGGUUUGGGUUCAAGAAAGUCCGGUGAGUUUCUUUGGUUGGAAGCCACAUUUUUGUGAUGAGAACAUAUAUGUAAAGAACAAAAAUGAGAGAUGGAAUAUAACUAACAAAUCAUACAAGUAAUUGAACCGCACCGUGUAUUAGAUGCGCAUUGACUAGAUAUUUUGUUGCAUAGAAGUUAUCUUGGAUGGUAAAUGACAAAGCCAUGAAAGUUUUGGAAUAGAGCCUUCCUAUUAUAUUUAUACUGUGAAUGAAUGACAAAGGUAUUAAAGUUUUUAAUGCUUUGCAGGUUUAUGAAAUAACAGCUUAGCUUGAAAAAAGAAUUGUUUGUUUGUUUUGGAGGAUGAGCUAAUAAUGUUUUGGCUAAUGAGUAUGUGCUUCAAGUUGAAUUUUACCUUUAUUUGAACAGGAUCCUCUACUCGGGGGAGGAUCUACUUGUAGGCUAUGGUGGGCUUAAGGCCAGGGAACUCAAUUUUUUUAGUGAAAUUUUUUCAUUUUUCAUAUUUUGCCCACCCCGCUAAUGUUUAAACAUACGGAGUAGUAUAAUUGCUUCAGCCCAGAGCAUCUCAAUUUUUGGGAUCCGUCCUUUUUUGUACAUCUGCUGCUUCAAUGCACCUUUACAAAAGCUGAUAUUGGGGUGUGUUAUUGGAUGAUUGAAGGGGUAUAGAUAAAGUGUUUAGCUCUUUCAGUAAGUAAUGUUUUGUGGUUUAACUCUUCUCAAUGUUAGGAUUCAUCAUAAAUGGAACUGCUUUGUUUCAGUGUAAAUAAAAAUUUCAAACUUUAGGGUCCAAUCUUCUUAAGGCUAAUGACCUUGAUCUUGGUUUGAACUUUGAACACAACUCAAGCCUAUUUGAGUAUUUGUAUCUUAAGUUCAAUUCUUUGGACAAGUUUGAACAAGUUUCCUUCAAAUGUCAAAGUGAGCCAACAACCUGAACAUGACUUAAAGCCGUUAAAGGCAACGGUUUGCCAUGGUUUUCUCGAAAGCACACAUUUUUGUGUCUAUGAAACAUUAAUUUAUUUAAAACGACUGGUAAUUUUUUUAUCAUCAAAACAAGCCUCUAUUCAUAUCAAAAAAUUCAGAAUCAUUACAUCAAGCAAAGGGAAAAUAAAGCUGACACCAAUUGAAACUCCAACAACUAUGACUGUAACCCUAUGGUGAGACUUUGAGACGGUCACCCCUGAAAGAGCAACAUGAAUCGCUAACCAUGUAGUGAGCUUGACACAGCCAAACAUGAUAAAAAUAAAUGAUAAACAGAUAAAAAUUACUAUGAAAACUUUCACGGAUUCUAGCAGCUCGUACAACCCAUGGUGGUGGUUUAGGCGGAGGUCGGACCGUCGCUCGAUUGAUACCCUCUUUCAGUGGCGUACCCGCCGUAUGAUCCAAAUUCAUGCCAUCGAAUGGAGCGUUCAGCCUCUCCACGUUAACCAUGUCCCGAUCAUCCAUACGUCUCUCUCUCUCGCUUCUUCCACCAUCUUCUCGCUGCCACGAUCAUCCAUCUCGAGCUACGUCCAAACCACGACAAUUCGACGCAGAGCUGUAUCGAUUGAAAGAAAAACGUCGCACAAGGACGACGAAGUAAAAACCCUACACGAGAGAUCUCGCUAGGGAAACACUGAUCGAACUUUGAUCAAGAAAGAUCGAAAUCGGAAAUUACCUAGCGGCGGCUCUGCCCUAGGAGCUCUCUGGUUACGCAACCCUAUUCUCGUUGCUGUAUUUUUAAACGACUGGUAAUUUUAAAACUGCAAUUUUUUAUCUUACUGAAAGGAGAGAAAUGGCAAUAUAUUACCUUAUUUCUAA